AUGCGCGUCUCCGCAGCUUCUUUCCCCUUCUCGCUGCUGGGGCUUUCCCUGCUGCUGCUGCUGCUGCAGCUGCAGCUGCUGCUGCUGCGCUGCGCCUGCCCCGCCGCGGCCAGCAGCGCGGCGAACAAGGAGGCGGAGCCCCGCUGGCCAGCAGCAGCAGACACGCUGACGAGUUACAACACGGACGUGGUGAGUUCUUACGAGCAGAGCUUCCCGCCCUCGGUUUCGUUCAACGCCGCAACGCCGACGACAGCAGCAGCAGCAGCAGCAGAGGCUGGGGGCCCCGAGGAGGGCCCCGCGCUGCCCAACUUGGGGGCCCUGCCUCGGAGGGGCCGCAGCAAAGUGGGGGUUUCGCUGUUGGCGCUGCUGGUGGCAGCGGGGCUGCUGGUGGGGGUCCGGGCUGGGGGCGCGUUGGCGGGGCGCGGGGGCUCGGGGGCGGGGAGCAGCAGCAGCAGCAGCGGGCGCAGCAGCAGCGCGAGCAGCAGCGCGAGCAGCAGCAGCAGCCGCGCGGGCGCCGCGAGCAGCAGCAGCAGCGCAGGCGAAGACUACGCGUCGCUGCUGAAGGCGGUGGGGAGCCUGCGGGAGGCGCUGGGGGACAAGAGCGAGUGCGGCGCCGCGGAGCUGCUGGCGACGCGGCUGCAGCUGCUGCAGCAGCGCAGCAGCAGCAGCAGCAGCGAGGCGGCGUUCGCGGGGGAGCUGCAGGAGCUGGUGGUGGAGCUGCAGCAGCGGGCGCUGGAGCGGCUGCGGUUCGUGCAGCGGGAAGCCGGCUUCCUGUCGCACAGCAUAGACUUCAAAGCCUCAACUGCUGCUGCUCUAGCAGCAGCAGCAGCAACGGAGCCGCUGCGGGUGGAGCUGGCGCUGACGGAGCAGCUGGCGCGCGCAGCCAAGUGGGACUACAGCAUGCUGGGGUCUUUGCUGCAUGCGGCGGAGCAGCUGACGGAGGGGCUGCCGCAUGCAGCAGCAGCAGCAGCAGCGGGGCUGCAUGCGCUGGCGCGGCGCGCAGCCUCCGCAGAAGCUGUCUUCGCCCGCGUGCAGCAAAGCCACCAGGAAGCCGCGCGCUGGGCCGAAGUUGCUGCUCCUGCGCAGCUCGCCAGCUUCCGCCUCGAAGCUGCUGCGCUGCUGCUGCAGCUGGACCAGGGCCUCGUGGACCUCGAGUACAUGGCUGCAUGCGGGGGCCCCCACCUGCUGCGCCUCGCGGGGGCCCUCCGCAGGGCCCACGAGGCCCGCGCGGAGGCCGACAGGCUCAGGGCCUCCUUGGCCCGCGAGAAGCGCCCCGUGAGGGCCCUCUCGCACUUGCAGAAGCUGCGGCACUUCUGCGCAGUGGCUGAGGAGGCCUUUGCGGAGGCGCAGCAGCUGGGGGCCCCCGCCGAGGCCGAGGGGCCCGCGGGGGCCCCCGCGGGGGCCCCCGCGGGGGCCCCCGCGGGCGCGCCCGGGGGGCCCCCGGGGGCCCCGCGGGCGGACCCCGAGGCGCAGCUGCGCGCGCUGCAGCUGCGGACGCAGCUGGAAGCCGCUGCUGCGGCGGAGUUCGCCGAGAUCGCGGCGAGCACUGUGGACAGUCUGCAGGCAGUGAACUAUUUGCUGCUGCAUGCGGAGAGCAGACACGCGCAGGUGGCGAAGUCGGCGUCGGCGGCGCUGCAGCUGAGCGGGCUGGUGGAAACUGCCGCGGCGGAGGCGCAGCGGCUCGCCGAAGAAGCUGCGCGCAGCGCAGCAGCAGCAGCAGCUGUUGCAUGCGCCGACAAGGCCGACCGCCUCCGCAGAGAGGCCUUCGAACACGCUCGCGGCGUGCUGCGCUGCGUCGCCGAGAACGGGGCCUGGUACCAGCUGGACUCCGCAGUGCAGAGCGCGGGCGAGCGGCUGCGGCGCAGCCUGGCGGUGCUUUCGCAGCAAAGUCCGCACGGCAGCCCCCGCCGCAGAGCGACGCAGUUGAUGAAAGAGGGAAAUGCAAACGUGGCGAAAAAAAGGUACCUCGCCACGGCGCAGCUCGUGCCCGCAGGCCGGCACGUGGUUUCGCUGCUCGCGCUCGCGCGCCGGGUCGAGCAGCUCAGCAUUGUGGAAAGGAGCAGCCUCAGCAGCGCAGCAGCAGCUCCCGAGUAA